AUGGAAUCAUCGGAUGAUGGCCCGACUGUAAUUGUGGUCGUUUUAGUCACGUUCGGCUGCUUUUUCUUCGCCGUAUUAUGCUUCUUCGCCCUUUGGUGCUGCUUGAUCAAGAACAAGAGGAAAAAGAAGACAUUCGAGGAGACCGAUUUAAUUGUUACGGACAAGCACAGGAGGGUGAAGGAGGCUAUCGUGCCGGGCCCACAGGGGCCGCGGGCCGUUGUUUUGUCUGUGGAAGAAGAUAAACAUACCCAAGAAAAGAUCAUCAAGAAUGAGGUUGAAGAGAAAGAAAUGCAUGCACAAACUGGAGAAAAAGUUGUUGAUAUAACUGAUGUUGAAACUGGAGAAUCUUCUAAUCCUAGUACUCAUCAAACUCAUUAA